AUGGCAAGCGCUGUGGGGUCUAGUGUGGGCGAGGAUGGUGCAUCUGAGCAGAGAGAAGAUCAGAGACAGCAGGAGCUACCGAGCUUCAGAGAGACCGAGUCUGAGCAGUCGGUCACCGGAGGUGGUAGUGGGGCGCUAGGCGCUCUACAAGAUCCGGAUAGGUCAGAUCCAGAGGGAAUGGCAGUACGAUGCCUGCAGCUCGAGCUCGAAAAAGUACGCCUACAGCUUGAAUGUGAACGCGUAGCCCUACGCAGAGCAGAGAUUGAGCAAUCGAGUAGGUCGCCUUCGAUGUCGGGAACGAACGACCGCCGCCAUACCGGCAUUGACGGAGUAGCACAAUGCGCUAAAAUGCUGAAGGCAUACAGGUUGCCGUGCGACGCGGAUGUCCCGAUGUGGUUCGAUGAGGUGGAAAAACUGUUUUCAUCCUUCCAGGUACCGGAAGGCAACCGAGUACACUUGAUAAUGCCUGCGCUGUCUGAGCGAGUCCGCUAUAUGCUGUGUAGCUUGAGUGAAGAGGAGUGUGUGGAUUAUGAGAUCGUGAAACGUGCGGUACUAAAUGAACUUAAGCUCACCCCAGCUGAGUACUUAGACAGGUUUCAAAAGGUGACGAAGAAAAGAGAAGAAACAUGGGCUCAGUUCGCUUCUCGGGCCAGAACGUACUUCGCGUAUUACCUGCAAUCUCGUAAUGCGGAUACUAAGGAAGCGGUUGCUGAGCUAAUGGUCGCUGACCGAAUGAAGGCGAGUUUGGGCCCGGAAGGUCUAGAGUAUGUUCUUUUGCGGGAGGGCGAAGAGUGGUUCAAACCUGUAGAGGUCGCUAAAGUUCUCGAGACUUUUGAACAGGCGAAAGGAAAGGGUCGAGCAACUAAGACGCUUGGAGUGCCAACUGCUCCGCCGUUAGCCAGGCAGGCCGGCAUAGAAAAGGCCAAUGUAAGGUGCUACAUUUGUCGCGGUCAGGGUCACGUGGCUAGGGAUUGUCCUCAGGCCUCAAGUAAGGAGCAGCAUGCGAAGUUGACCACUUUACCGCCACCCGAGCAGGAAAGGGUGCUGAGUGCGAGGGUGGAAGUAUUCGAGCGAAGUGCUGGCUCGGGCCGGUCGAAACUGGAACUUAUCCCGAUCACGUGCGGUGGCAUAACUACUGAAGCUGUGCUGGACACAGGCAGCGAAAUAACGGUGAUACGUGAAGGGAUACUUCCGCAAAGGGUAAAGGAUUCAUCGGGCGCAGUAAGGCUCCAGUCGGCGUUUGGAAAAACCAUCCAAGCAACUUUGGCUACAUUGCCAAUAGCUUUAAACUACCCGGGAAGGGUGGGACAACCACAGAAGGUUGAUCUAGUGUGUGCUAUUACUGACCAGCUCGCGGAUGGAGUUAACUGUCUGCUGUCAAAAGAGGAUUGGGAGUUACUGCAUGCACAAGAAGACAAUGGGAAGCCGCGGAGGCCUGGUUUUCGAGCUCCAGGAAUUCCGGUCAAAACACGGACUGGGUCCGAGGCGCUGGCCGCGCUGUUUGAAGGCAUCUACCGGCCACGGGGACACACUGCAGAAUACCCCCUGUGGUGUCAUGUUCGCGCCGAGUCGCAGGCGACGGCCUGCUUGCUGGCCGAGGAGUGGAAUGUGUAA